AUGUCAGACUUAUACGGUCAUAGAGAGAACCAGAACAACGAACGGUUCGAUCAAUUGGCUUCCACGUUACGUCAGUUUCGUACCACCGUUGACGACAUCAACAGUAACGUCCACCAGGAGAAUUCCCUUUUAGACACGUUGAAUGAUGGGUUCGGUAGGUUAGCUUACUCGGUCAAGAGAACCAGUGGAGAGUUAAGAAACGUCAUGAACAGGAACCAAAGUCUCACCAGGAUAGUGGGAUUGAUAUUGCUUGGAUUUUUCGUCAUAUGGAUGUUGUACAAGAUGAGGUCGUAG